ACUUUAGUCAAUCCAUCACCAGGUGUUCACAUCGUUGUAAUCCAAUAAUUAUUAGAUGUUAAACUAAACAAUCAAGAUAAAUCAGUGGAUCCAUUUUCAUCGAAGAAUAUUCGAUUUGUUUUCUUCGGAGAUGGCUGACGAGGCAGAACAGGUGCCGGCAAUUAAUGUGAAAGAACCGCUGGACCUGAUAAGACUGAGCCUCGACGAGAGGAUUUACGUGAAGAUGAGAAACGAGAGGGAACUUCGUGGUCGGUUACACGCAUACGAUCAGCACCUGAAUAUGGUAUUAGGAGAGGCCGAGGAGACAGUGACAACCGUCGAAAUUGACGAGGAAACCUACGAAGAGGUUUAUCGUACCACAAAACGAAGUAUUCCAAUGCUGUUCGUCCGUGGGGAUGGGGUAAUCCUCGUCUCACCCCCCAGCAUGAGGGGACAAAUAUAAUACCACUAAUCCAUAAUCAAUUUCAAAUGAAAGUUAUCGAUAAUAAAUUCAUUUUACUAAUUAUGAUAA